AUGAGUGCUGCAUGGAGAAACAGCAUUAUCUUAACAGCCCUAACUAUUGCUAUGCAGUAUGAACAAUUGUUAAUUGUCAAGUUACUCUGCAGAAAGGUUCUGGCACUUCCACAAGAAGUGGAAAUAGCUAAUACACUAAAGAGUCAGCCUGAUGUUUUUGAUGUUUUGCUUGAUGCUGGUGUAGCAAUCUAUAGAGAUACUCUACAGACAUGGGGGCACUGCCAAAACUCCACAAGUCUCUUCAUACUUGCUUGCCAUAAAAUCAAUCUUAGCUACAAAGAUCACUAUGGCAAGAGUGUGCUACAUUAUGCAGCCUCAGGAAACCUGAAAGCUACCAGCUUUUUCAUCACCCAUGAACUUAAUUCUGAUCUUCAAGAUGGAAAAUCAAGAACCUCUUUAUACUAUGCAGUCAACAGGCUCAAAAUCUAUCAGCUAUAUAAUAGAUAG